AUGAUCAGUGCAGUCGGUCCCUUUGCCGUCGAUUCUAAGCUUGUCCAGGUGUCAUCUGCCGCGUCCGAAGCGUCAGUACGAAUCCAUAACACUAACACGGGCAAAGUCAUUCGUGCGACUUUUCCAGUUGUUGACGGAGAGGCCGCCUCAAGCGGUACAUUCGCCAUUGAUGGAGUUGCAAGCACAGCAGCACGCGUUCAACUCGAUUUCUUGAAUCCAUCUGGGUCUCGAACCGGGAAACUACUUCCCACAGGAAAUGUAGUAGAUACAUUCGAUGGGGUAGCAGCAACAUGCAUUGAUGUCGCCAACCCCUGUACCUUUGUCCGGGCCAGUGACCUUGGUGUGGAUGGAAAUCUAACCCCCGAGGAGGUAGAAGCGCAUCCAGACUUGCUAGUACGUCUAGAUUCAAUCCGUCGUCAAGCAGGAGUGAAGAUGGGCUUAGCAUCAACACCAGAGACCGUUCCUGGGAGCGUACCCAAAAUCUGUCUAGUGUCAACACCGCCUGAAAAUAGACGAGCGAUCCAACAGAAACAAACUGUCCGUGAUGUGGAUGUUCUCGCCCGGUCGAUCUCUGUCGGGCAACCUCACAAGGCGAUCCCAAUCACCGUGGCUCUGGCUCUGGCGUCUGCCGCUCGAGUCCAGGGGAGUACUGUGGCAGAUGUUGCUAGCAAACAACCUGUGGAUCAGGCGGGUAUCACCAUCGGACAUGCCAGUGGUAACCUACUGGUUGGAGCAGAUUUUGAUCCUACUGGAGCACUUUCAGCUGCUACCGUCUUCCGAACAGCCCGCCGUCUCUUUGAGGGACGCAUAUUUUGGAAGGAUGAGUCGAUAUAA